AAAGAAUCUUUAGUUGUUUUUCCGAUCGAUCUGCGAGUCGAGUAGUUUUUUUAUUUGCCGGCGCCGGGAGAGAUCCUUUGAUCUUUUUCCGAUGGAGGAGCAAUUCGGCGGGAGCGAUGAGAGAUGGAAAGGAUCAUUGGAGAAUAUAACGGAGAUGGCAUCGAAUCUCGAUUCGCUUCAGAAACUUCUCCUCAAGAAAGCAGUCUUCGUUGAAGAAGACACUUUCUCUAGAGCUUCUCUCGUCUCCGAGCAAGCCCGAACAAUCAAGGUUCUUGAGCAAAGAGUACAAACACUAGAAAGAGAACUAGAUGCUGCCAUUACAGCUGCUGCUCAUGCUCGGUCUGAGAAACGCCAAGCUGAGUCCUCUCAAAAGGCUGCUGAAUCACGUGCCCAAGAUGUCACAAAAGAGCUUGAAAACACCACAAAGGUUUUCAAGCUGCAUAUGGAAGAGCUUCGAGGAAUGCAAGAACAGAUAUCCAAACGCGAUAACGAGAUCAAACUCUUAGAAGCUAUAAUCCAAACGCUCGGCGGCAAAGAGCGGUUGGGAAAAAGCGACGUGAAUGGAUGAUGAUGAUGCGUUUUUUCACUUGUAAAGGUUUGUACUCCUGAGUUUGUGGAGAUGUAUCACUUCGAAGAUAAAUGUAUUUUUGUCUGUCUAUUUGGUACGUUUUAGAAUCUUGCCUGUUCUUUCAAGAAAUGAAUGUUACAUGGGCCUGACCCUAUAAAUGGGCCUAAUGUGAAUCGAUCGAUACUAAAAAUGGGUUUUAUAGGUGUGUGUGUGUGGUUUUCACACGUUUGCCGCCGAUAGUGCUGCGAUGCCAUCCAGAUUCAGUAACGCGGCAUCUCCAGGACUCCAGCCGUGUGGAGCAAGAAACUACGUAAAUUUGACAGCUGAAGAUGCAAUUUCACAAAAAGAGAAUAAAAGAAACAAAAGAGGAUUAUGACCAAUUUAGAAAAAACUUUUUUCAAAAAAGUGAUGCUUCAUGGUUUUUAGCGUGUGGGGUGUCUCUCUAUAUUAUCUAAUUUUUUGGUAGAAACUAG